AAUACGCUAGGGAAGAAGCUUCAAAUAAAAUCCAAUGUCCAGUGGACCACCAUAGAUUUCACUACAGAGAUGCCAAUUGCAGAAUUGCUUGGAGUGCAUUUUGACAUGCAGCUCCUUGGCAAACUGACUCUAUCUGUGGCCACCAUUCUAUUUGUCGCCUUGGUUUUCAGAUUCUACAACUCCAGGGCACGAAACAGACGGCGAGGACGUGAAAGAAGGGGUGUGCAAGCAACCCAAACAAGCUACAGCGCUUACAAUACUGUGCAAGAACCACAGAGUGAAGCUGCAAAGGAGGAGUCUGACAGGGAAAAUCGUUUUCAUCAAUCUUCAGAGAAACCCUUGCAAGAAAGCCUUAAAAAUGAAAAUUCUGCCUUGAAAAGGGGUCAGCCUGAAACUAUGGACUUUUAUGCAAAGGAGGAACCUGCAAGUAAAAGCGACGCAAUUGAGGAUACAACUGAGGCGAAGAGUGGCAAACCAAAGUUGACCUUACAACUUCCGGGUGUGACCGAAAAAGGUCCAGGAAGUCCAAGUGGUCGCCGAUCCCCAGUCCUAAUGAAGAAGCUGGAAGGUGGCACGGGUGUUGGCAGGCAGCUGAUACAAGACGUCGGUCACCAGGGCAUGUUCUCAAGUUUUCAGUCAAAGGCAGAAAUCAAAGUUGAGAAUGCUGACCUUAUCUUGGAUGGGCCAGGGAAUUGUAGAACGGGCGUCCAUGGAAAAAUAUAUGAGUACUACGUAGAGUCCUCUUCUCAUUUCAUCUCAGAUUUAAGCCCCACCCCGUCCGUCAGUCCAGUUUAUGGUCAAAACGAAAACAGCACUUUGUUUAAAUCGCAAUCAUUGGAUUUACCCAGUUUUAAGGACCGCUCCCGAUCGCCAAGUCCACAGCCUUCUAGUUUCAUAAUGCGAGAUCUCGAAAUUGCUCCACGAAUUGCUAACGAGCCUCCCUCAACAUUCAAGCCGACUGUGAGGUACAGCAGGCAAGUAGUCAUCCGUCAGGACAGCUAUCUUACUGCUGCCAGUGACUCAGAGCUUCCAAUCCCCUUGCCUACACAUAGGGCUAUAACACCUCGCAGCUGUUCUCCAGCACAACCCAAUGACAUCCCU